AUGUCCUCCUCCGAAGGGUCCGAUGAUUCGGAAGGAUCGGGCACAUCAAAAACACCGUCUGUCGAUUCGAUUCAGCAAAGGAUAGAAAAUUUGCGAGCAAAAUAUCAAGAUAUUCUACAAGAAGGAUUCUUUCGAAAUUUACAACAUGAUUGGCUACAUCAGGAAGCGGCCGAACCUAACUUGACCCAGGCAACACCAUCGGACGCCUCCACGCUCGAGUGUGUAAGUGAUGCGUGCGGAAGCUUUAUAAUGUUGAAUGGGAGAAAAUUUCCACUAGAAUUCUUCCGAGACAUUUCACCAGAGACUGUAGAACUCUCCCCGAAAGAAUCGGUUGCACUUAGCAGCUGCAAGGAAAACGAGCUGCUAGAACAGGACGAUUAUAACAAUCCUUAUGUGGUCCCAACACCGAAACAUAUUGCACGGCGAAAUGCGAAAAAAAGUAGAUUUCACACGGCACGCUCCCGGGGCUGUCAGGACGUAAAGCAACGAUUGCACGUUGAAGAGCUUCCUUUCGAUGAGGAAAUGCUAGGACCGAACAAAUCAACAAAGUUCCCAUCCCGGUUGGCUACCCAGCUCGAUGCACACUAUCGCAACGAACUAACAUACCGGCCCCGCAUACGAAACUUUUUGCGUAUCGACGCCAUCCAUAAUCUACGCGAAUCGGGACGCCGACUGUUCGAGACGUACUAUCGGCAGGAGUAUAUUGUUGGACAGACGCGCAAACAGCGCAUCGAGAACGAUUGCUACCAGCAGCUAGCGGAACGUUGCACCGAGCUCAGGGAAGCUGUCCGCACAAUUCGGCAAGAGCGGUUCAGUGCAACCAUGAGAGUGUUGGACACGGUGAAACCAUACUUUGAAACUUCUGCCCAGAUGGAAACACAGCUGAAAGCGCUGCAAAACCGUAUGACCAGUCUGUGGAAUCAGGUGGUGCGGCUGGAAAGCAUCUGGGUACAGCGACUGAAGCUGCAAAACUUCCUCUACCUCAUCAUGCCCAAGGAAUGGCGCGAACGCAACGACUGGAUACAUCAGGACGAUCACGGGCAACUCGAGAGUUACCCGGUUUCGAUAAGUCGCCGCGAUGUGGUUAAUAUUCGUAACAUUGACGAUGGUAACGAUAUCUGGGCGGUGAAGAGAUUCUUUGAGCACCAAUACCUUGCGAAGAAUAAACCCGUACACGAAGCCUUUGCAAGUGCGGCAGAUUUGUUGCACGGCGUGGAGGAGUUGAAUGCCAACUCCAUGACGCUGCUGUCGCGACUAGACCUCAUGAACUGGGUAAAGUCGAAUGCUGAAACGGAAUCGGAAAAAGUGCAACGAAACUUUGCGAACCAAAUUCAAGCCAUACGUCGCUUCAUACGGGACAUGGAUGAAAGGCGCAAAUUCUAUGAGAAGCGUACCGUGGAGCUAAAACUACUGUUCGAUGAGUUGGUGCAAGGGCCGCUUAAAGAAGCCAUCCACAAUGUGCAAAACCGGGAGAUAGAAAGUUUGGUUACGGUCGUCUAUAGUAAGCUUAGACCCGCGCAAGAACGUGACGAUGGUUCGACAGUUCAGCUGUCCGGUGUCACAUGCUUUGCGUUCAUUUUCGAAAUGGUCUUGCAACUGUUGGCUGACUUUGAUCAGAUGCCCGCCGCUUUAGUACACUCCAUCGAACAUAAGGUGCGUUUCCGUCGACGAAGGCGCACGAUUCAAGCGGUCCGAGCGGCGGAAGAGGAACAUCGAAUCAACCAGCUGGCGGUACAGCUACGCCGUGGACUUGCACCGCCCUACAAGAAGCCGGAUCACAAAGUUAAACCACCGCGCUCACGGCUCCGCCGCAAGGAACCGCCGGUUGAGGUGGUGAAACCACACAUCUCCAAAUUGGACGAGAUAUUCCGCACGGCGUUUGGCGACGAUGCCACGAUGACGCACGAGGAGCGACGUAACUUUGAGAUCGAUAUGAUCUAUCAGAACUAUUGCUCGGUACAGUUCGAUCACUUCCUGCGUAUGAUCGGUUACGAGCCGGAUUACGAUGUGGUAAGUCGGGUGCAGCAACGUGACGGACCGGAAGAGAACUUCUUCAAGCGCAAGGAGUUACUUCCUAGAGUGAUGAACAAACUGCACCAGUGGCAACAUAUGCAGCAGAUGUUGCGCAAUCGAUUGUUCGAAAGAAUGUCCGCGGAAUUGCAAACCGUUCGCAGUUAA